AGUGAAGUCACCGCCACAGAAGCGUAGGGAUUGUGUGAGUUAGCUCGAGUUAAUGCGACUUUAUUGAUUAAAGUUCGUUUAUUAAAGUGAUUUUAUCCAUCACGGAUAAUGUAUUAAAGCGUUAUUUACAGUUCAGAAGUGACGUGGUGUCACCAGAAGCAGCGGUGCGCGCUCACGACGCCUAUCGUCAAGAUACAGAUUCAAAACAUGGUCUGGACGUGAUUGUUGUGUCACUCGUUUCUGGAUGGACUUAAAAUCUCCCGAAUGCUAAUUUACCAAAAAGGACGUUCAGCAAAUGUUAAAAUGACUCCCAUCUGACGUCCGUUAGCCUCUCACUAGUCAACGAAAGACUAAAAACAGAAAGGCAUCAUGUCUCUGCCUGAGGAAGCAGGGGAUCGUGGGAAAGAGCGAGAGCGCGGAGCCCGUCCGAAAGUGCGUCAGAGCCGCUCUGAGGAGAGAAGAGACGGCGGGAGGAGAAAAUCCGGGAGAGGGAAGAAGAAAAGCCACCCGUCGCACGACCUGACGUCCGACCGGCCUGUUAGCGACGGCUUCGAGUACGGCGAUCUCCUGAACGAGUCCAGCGAGGGCGGCUCGUCCUCUCCGGUGCGGGAGCACAGAAGACGGCAAGUUCUGGGAUCGUCCGGAUCCCUGUUACCCGAGAGGGUUUCCGCUAAGCUAUCGCUCGGUUCGCCUGAUCUCAGCAGCGACUCGGACAGCAAGUCAGGAAGCAGUCGGACUCUCCGACAGAAGAUCCAAGACGCGGUUGGCCAGUGUUUUCCCAUCAAAACCCACACUCAAGUCCUAUCGCACUCGCCUUCCUCGCGCCGCAAGAUCCACAUUAGCGAGCUAAUGCUGGACAGCUGCCCGUUUCCCGCCGGAUCUGAUUUGGCUCAAAAGUGGUACCUUAUUAAACAGCACACGGCUCCUAUUUCCCAGGCGCCCGUUUUGGAUUCCGUCGCUCCUGUUACGUUGGUGACGCCGGUCGAGGACGAGGAUGAUCGCUUACGGGAGCGACGACGGAUUAGCAUCGAGCAGGGAGUAGAACCGCCUCCAAACGCACAAAUCCACACUUUCGAGGUAACAGCACAGAUCAAUCCUCUAUACAAACUCGGACCUAAGCUAGCUCACGGGAUGAACGAGCUAGCCGGAGACGAGCGCGCCACACUCCACCAGCUUCUCCUGCAAAGUUGUUUGGACACAUUGGAUGAGGUCGCGGCGUCAACCGCGGCAUCUGAUUUCGACUUGGGCGCCGCGGCGUCACCAUCAUCCCAAGUCCAACCGGACUCUCCCAACUCGCAGGAUAUACAACAUCGUAUUCACACUCAAAUCGACUACAUCCACUGCUUAGUCCCGGAUUUGCUUCAGAUCACAAACCUUCCCUGCUACUGGGGCGUCAUGGAUCGAUACCAAGCGGAGAAUCUUCUGGAAGCCAAACCCGAAGGCACCUUCCUGCUACGCGACUCUGCACAGGAAGACUAUCUCUUCUCCGUUAGCUUCCGACGCUACGGCCGCUCGCUACAUGCGCGAAUCGAGCAGUGGAACCACAACUUUAGCUUCGACGUGCACGACCCUAGCGUCUUCCACGCGACCACCGUCACCGGCCUCCUCGAGCACUACAAGGAUCCCAACUCCUGCAUGUUCUUCGAGCCGCUGCUCUCGAACCCCAUCAACCGGACACAGCCCUUUAGCCUGCAGCACAUCUGCCGCGCCGCCAUUAGCAGCUGCACCACGUACGACGGCAUCAAUGCACUGCCCCUUCCCAACGCGCUCAAAGAGCACCUGAAGGAGUACCAUUACAAGCAGCGCGUGCGCAUUCGCAGACUGGACACGUGGUGGGAGUGACGUAGCGAACUGUCUCAGGUUACGGAGGCGGGAAACAAGACCAGAAGUGCCACUACUCCGCGUUCCACGACAACUUCGCCGGUUCUUAUCGCUGCACUCUUAACUAGCGCUGCACAAUUAAUCGCAAUUUACAUGAAAUCGCACUUCUGUCAGGACCACUAUCGACAAAUACGAUUGACAAUUAGCAUACAGUUUGGAUUGGCGGUAUGGUUCUGUUCUAGACAAGAACUCCCUGCGCAUCCAUGUAGCCUAGCAUGAGUAAGAGCAGCAAUAACCCCCCUUAGGGUAAACGGAACAGAACCAACAUGAAUGAAUUGCAGAUUAAUUAAUUAAUUAAUAAAGAUUCUUAAUGUAUAACAUAAUU